GACAACUUCUCUCGCGAGAUCCAAGCGCUCAUGCGAUGGGUCUUUAUAAAAGUGUUCCCACGGAUCUCGCGUGAUUACGCCACCGACGGCAGUGGAAUUGAGGCAGGGGGCGGGGUUCAGAGAGGUACCCAUGAGAUGUUUGGAGACAUUUUUAUCAAAUUAUUUAUUUAAAUAAAAAUGGCCGCCGUAGAGAGCGGAGAGGAGAAACUCAGUGAGGAGAAGAGGGAGGACGUCAACCAGAAUCAGAGCUCCAACGACAAGGACCCUAAGACACACAGCAAGCCCAAGAAGGUGAGGAGGGAUGUGGAGAAGGAGAUGCUGGAGUCUUCAUCCUCCCCUCCUCUUCCUCCUUCAGCCCAGCAGCCCUGUUCAGACCAGGAACAGCUCCAGCUAGCCGAUGCUGAGGCGGGGCCCUCGGAGCCCAUGGUCGCUGCAGCUGGCGAGGCCUCGGGUCUAUCUGAGUCCUCUCCUUCGCCCAAACAGAGGAGGUCCAUCAUCAGGGACCGAGGUCCGCUCUACGACGACCCCUCUCUACCCCAGGGCUGGACACGUAAACUCAAACAACGCAAGUCUGGGCGGUCUGCCGGGAAGUUUGACGUCUACUUGAUGAACCCUGAGGGGAAAGCUUUCCGAUCCAAGGUGGAGCUGAUCGCCUACUUCCAGAAGGUUGGGGACACCACCACCGACCCCAACGACUUCGACUUCACCGUAACCGGGCGUGGCAGCCCCUCCCGCCGCGAGAAGAGACCCCCGAAGAAACCAAAAGUGGUGAAACCGUCGGGGAGGGGCAGGGGCCGGCCGAAGGGGAGUGGAAAGCUGCGCCCGGCUACGGAGGGUGUGGCGAUGAAGCGUGUGGUGGAGAAGAGUCCUGGGAAGCUCCUGGUUAAGAUGCCGUUUGGAGCGUCCAAGGCAUCCGAGACAGCUGGGCAGACAUCGGAGCUGGUCGUAGUCACCAAGAAGCGCCCGGGACGGAAAAGAAAAGCGGAGAUACCACCGCAGACUGCUCUGAAAAAGCGGGGGUGUAAGCCAGGGUCGGGGGUUACUGGGUCGACGCUGUCAGCAGCUUCUGGUGCGGCGGGGUCCAGUACUUCCUCAUACGCAGCGGCUGCUAUCAUGGCUGCAGAAGCCAAGAGGAAAGCUCAGAAGGAUUCUUCCGCUAAGCCGGUGCAGCAGACCGCUCUGCCCAUCAAGAAACGCAAGACCAGAGAAACUGUUGAGGAGACUAAGGAGACUCCAGCCAUCACCACGCCACUGCUCGGGGCAGGGGGUGGUGGUGGGGCAGGAACUGUGAUGGGGACAGGGAAUGGUGAUGGGGCAGGAACUGUGAUAGGGAUGGGGGCAGGGAGUGGUGGUGGGGCAGGAACUCUGAUAGGGACGGGGACAGGGAGUGGUGUUGGGGCAGGAACUGGGAGGGGAACUGGGAGUGGUGUUGGGGCAGGAACUGGGAGUGGUGGUGGGGCAGGAACUGGGAGUGGUGGUGGGGCAGGAACUGGGAUGGGAACAGGGAGUGGUGGUGGGGCAGGACCUGGGACGGGAACAGGGAGUGGUCUGGCUGUGGUGGCAACAGAAGGGACAGAGCAGGGACACAAGCUGCCAAAGAGUCCAGGGAGGAAGCACAAGGACAGUCCCCUGGCAGCAACGGUUACCACGGAGACCAGUGGUGUGUCUGAAAGGUGGCCCAGCGGAGGCAGCAGUAGUAUCACUACUCCAAAGAGCCACAGCCACAAGAGAAAGGAGCGGACGCCGCACAAACACCAUCACCACCACCGUCACCAUCACACACACUCCUCUGUAGUGGAGGAUCAUCCUCAACCCUCCCAGAGGCCCCCUCACCACCACUUCCCCGGCCUGACUAUGGGGCUGGUCUCCCAUACAGCCAGGUCCUCGGUGGGGCCAGGGGCCCUCCAACAGAAUAAGCCCCAGGACCUGAGCACCUCUAGGGGACCCUGCCGGGCCAGCAGCAGGCCAGAGGGCCAAACCACGACCAGAGGAGAGAGGGGAGAGGUCAGCUCGGCUGCGGUGGUAGUAGUGGGAACGAGUGACACCAGAGGCAACAGAAAUCGAGCAGACGAGGCAGCUGGGAUAGUGGUAGGGAGGGAUUUGAGAGACAUUGUACCCUCCUCAGCAGUACCGAGGCCCAGCAGAGAGGAGACCGUCUCUGCUGUACCCAGACCUAGCCGGGAGGAGAUGGUCUCUGCUGUGCCCAGGCCCAGCCGGGAGGAGAUGGUCUCUGCUGUGCCCAGGCCCAGCCGGGAGGAGACGGUCUCUGCUGUGCCCAGGCCCAGCCGGGAGGAGAUGGUCUCUGCUGUGCCCAGACCUAGCCGGGAGGAGACGGUCGAGUCUCGGACACCGGUCACUGAAAGGGUUAGUUGACUGUAUGGUAGGACCCCUGUCUGUAAGGAGAAAAGGAGCCGUGUAGAGGAGCAGUGGGUUUUAUAAGACAACAGGAAAGGACGUGUACAUGGAAACACAAGGCAGCUGUUGGUUGAUUGUUCUUUCUGUGGGUUGGGCCUGUUUAUUGACAGGUAGCGCAGCUUAAUGGUCAACCCACAACAGAUUGCUUCCUGAUAAAAUGAACUUAUUAUUAUUAUUUUUUUCUUUCUUUGUUUGGUCAUUGUCUUGUUCUGUUUUGCUCUUUUAAAACCUGUUGUCAUUCGACCCAUCCAACCCGACCCAGAAGCCUUUGCUUAAAAUCUCACAGGAAGUGAAGGACCUGCACUUCCGGUGCCAUCAUCAGACGGAAACCAUGGUAACCACGACGAUGACUCAUGAACCUCAAUCAUUCAGUUCUUCACUGUGGUUUUAAGAUAGCGUAUAUAAAGUUUUUAAAAAAAUAUGAAAAAAAAAGGCAUUUGUCCUGUCUGUAGUUCGCUCACAGGUGGUCUUUUCCAACGUUGUGGCUAGAAGUGGCACAACACACACAAGCUUCCAUUGCUUCUUCUUCUGUUGUAGCAUCCUCUGUUUCCUGCAGUAGGCUCAGCGUCCAGUCCAUGGACGCUUUGCGCUUACGUCCCAUAGGGCACCCUAUUCCCUAAUAAUACGAUGCUUUUGACCAGAACCUUAUGGGCCCUGGUCUAAAGUAGUGGGCUGGAAGUAGUGCACUGAAUAGGGAAUCAUUUGGGACACAGUUGGGUUUCCAGUCCUUGCUCUACAGUCAGCAUAUUAAUUUAGGUGACAUAUGUUUUCCUCGUUGGCCUAUAUUAUGUAGAUGCCAAGUCUUCUGUGUGUGUGUGUGUGUGUGUGUGUGUGAUGUCGAUCAUCUCCUUCUAUAUACAGUAGUCUCGGUCUGAAACAGCAGCCUAUUCCCUACACAGGGAGAGACCAGUAUUCUCCCCAAGCAGGCUGGAGUUCUUUUUCUCCUUCCACUUCACACAGAGACAAGAGGUACUUGAUGAUCAGAGAGAUUAUGAUUAAGUUAGAAUGUUAAUGUGGCCCAGGCAGCAUUAGGGCUGAGUAUAUAGGAUGUUGAUGCGGCCCAGGCAGCAAUAGGGCUGAGUAUAUAGGAUGUUGAUGUGGCCCAGGCAGCAAUAGGGCUGAGUAUAUAGGAUGUGGCCCAGGCAGCAAUAGGGCUGAGUAUAUAGGAUGUUGAUGGGGCCCAGGCAGCAAUAGGGCUGAGUAUAUAGGAUGUUGAUUGGGCCCAGGCAGCAAUAGGGCUGAGUAAAUAGGAUGUUGAUGUGGCCCAGGCAGCAAUAGGGCUGAGUAUAUAGGAUGUUGAUGUGGCCCAGGCAGCAAUAGGGCUGAGUAUAUAGGAUGUGGCCCAGGCAGCAAUAGGGCUGAGUAUAUAGGAUGUUGAUGUGGCCCAGACAGCAAUGGGACUGAGUAUAUAGGAUGGGGCCCAGGCAGCAAUAGGGCUGAGUAUAUAGGAUGUGGCCAGGCAGCAAUAGGGCUGAGUAUAUAGGAUGUGGCCCAGGCAGCAAUGGGGCUGAGUAUAUAGGAUGGGGCCCAGGCAGCAAUGGGGCUGAGUAUAUAGGAUGGGGCCCAGGCAGCAAUAGGGCUAAGUAUAUAGGAUGUGGCCCAGGCAGCAAUAGGGCUGAGUAUAGAGGAUGUUGAUGGGGCCCAGGCAGCAAUAGGGCUGAGUAUAUAGGAUGUUGAUGUGGCCCAGGCAGCAAUAGGGCUGAGUAUAUAGGAUGUUGAGGGGGCCCAGGCAGCAAUAGGGCUGAGUAUAUAGGAUGUUGAUGGGGCCCAGGCAGCAAUAGGGCUGAGUAUAUAGGAUGUUGAGGGGGCCCAGGCAGCAAUAGGGCUGAGUAUAUAGGAUGUUGAUGGGGCCCAGGCAGCAAUAGGGCUGAGUAUAUAGGAUGUUGAUGGGGCCCAGGCAGCAAUAGGGCUGAGUAUAUAGGAUGUUGAUGUGGCCCAUGUUAGUGCAGUAAUCGUUACCAGAGCCCUGUGGGCCAUCUAAAGUAGUGUACUACAAAAGGAAGGGGGUGCCAUUUGGGACGGAAGCUUUGAAAUGGAAACCUCUUGAUGCAGACAUAACUUCCUAUCUGAAUGGUUGAGGUGAUGAAACCCCAGGGUUUUAGAGGCCUAGAUACACCAAUGAUGUGUGGUGGCUCACAAUCACAUUGUUCACCAAGUGACUAAGUGUUGCCAGCAGUUUGAUGACCUCUACUGAAAACAGGUUGAAUUUUCUUUCAAGGCUUUAGGAAUUCAAAUUCUACUGAUGUUUUGGAAGCUGUGUCGUCCUGCAGAAAAUAAUAGGAUAAAUUUAAACCUAUACGUUUUCCCCAGUAACAUGAAUUAGCCAGUAAAAUGGACAAUUUUACUGUUUCCCACAGUCGGGAUAGGAAGCUAAAAAGCACAACAGGACCCAAGACAUGAUUAUGGACGCGCCGUAGAUUUCUGGACCCCAGUCCUGUAUUUUGUCAAUACCUAUCAGAAGUUUUCUGAUAUUUAAAUUAUUUCCCAAAUAACAUAAAAAACCCAACCUCACUGAAGGAAUGAGUUUUUCUGUGUUUUGAAAAAUAAAAAGUCAUGAUAUAUAUAUAUA